GCAUGACUCAAUCGUUUGCAGUGAACGUCAACUUAAGCCAAACGAUAGGCUCUGAUAUUGCAAACGAUUGUCUCAUCACUUCAUUCACUCAUUCAAUACAACUAUAGUUAACAGAAAUACCACUUAAUUGUCAUUUCAUAACACUUUGUGUCCACAACUCGUCACACGAUUUGUCGUUUUCCUCACAUUUUGUGUACAAAUUUUUGUGAUCAAUCGCCGGUUCGCGUAAUCAUAGCGUGAAAUGUCUGUUCAGUGGACUCUUGUGGCCGUCUUCUUGUACGCGGAGAUCGGUUUCGUUGUCUUAUUGUUGGUUCCCUUCAUAUCGUCCAAAACAUGGCAAAAGUUCUUCAAAUCUCGCUUUUUAAGGAGUAUCGAGAGUCAGGCGAACCUCUAUUUCAUGGUAUUUAUCGUGAUUUUGGUCCUUCUUUUUAUCGACUCUGUCCGAGAGAUGUCUAAAUACACGUCAGAGAAGGUGCACGACUCAGAUCACGGACACCUCGACGCAGAACUCCAGCACUCGAUGAAACUCUUCAGAGCUCAACGAAACUUCUAUAUCGCGGGAUUCGCUCUCUUCCUCUGUCUUGUAAUCAGACGUCUGGUUGUACUGAUCGGAAGUCAGGCCCAAUUGGAAGCUCAGGCGGAGGCCUCUCUUCGACAGGCAAAGGGCGCGUCUCAGCACUCGCAGCAACUCAUGGAUCAGAUGUCGACGAACUCACGCGAGACGCUCAACGAGAAUGAGGGCAAUAAGAAGCUCGAGAAACAGGAACAGGAGUUACGCAAAAUGCGCGAAGACUUGGCGUCGGCGAAGGAGGAGCUGAUCCGGUAUCGCGUCAACUGUGAAUCGAUGAAAAAACAGGCCGAAGCCGUUUCCGAAGAAUACGAUCGUCUGCUCGUCGAACACGACAAACUACAGCGCGAAUACAAUCGACUGUCAAAUGUGGACGACGUUAAGAAAGACAAGUAGUUGUGUUGUGAACGGCUUUUUGUAAAACCGGUUAAUAAUACCGAUUCGUAACGUAAAACAUGAAUAAGUAUUUUUCGCUUUGAUUUAAUGGAUAGUUUUUAAUGCCUUUAUUACAACUUAUUUAUGAAUUACUUAAUUAAUAUCUAAAUUCGUUUCGUUUGUAACGAAACUAACGAUGAUUUUAUAUAUAAAAAUAUUUUUAAACAUUACGUAAAUCUCAAUACGAUUCUUGUGGUAAAUAUAUUUCAACAUAUUUAGAGCGUUAAUAAACAUAAUUUUUAAAUUAUGAAAA